CAAUGGACAUGCCCACCCAACAUUAAUUGCAUCAUCACUUGAUAAUUAAGUACGAGUACAACAUAGCUAGAUACUUGUUGCCUCUGCCAUACGAUAGAGCGCGCUUUGUGUCACCAAUGGCGGGUCGAUCCAUGGCGACUCGGUGUUGCGCAGCUCUGUUGCUGCCAAUGGCCCUCGUGCUCUUCGCAGGUAGCUCACCGCCGGUGCUGGCUCAGCUGGAGCUCGGCUACUACAGCAAGACAUGCCCGAACGUGGAGGCGAUCGUCCGCAAGGAGAUGGAGAAGAUCAUCUCGGCCGCACCCAGCCUCGCUGGCCCGCUCCUCAGGCUUCAUUUCCACGACUGCUUCGUCAGGGGCUGUGACGCGUCUGUGCUCCUCAACUCCACCGCGGGUAACCGCCUGUCUGAGAUGGACGCCACUCCGAACAGGAGCCUGCGAGGCUUCGGUUCCGUCGACAGGGUGAAGGCCAAGCUGGAGGCCGCCUGCCCCAACACGGUUUCCUGCGCUGACGUCCUCACGCUCAUGGCCCGCGACGCCGUCGCGCUGGCCAAGGGCCCCGUCUGGGCCGUCGCGCUCGGGAGGCGAGACGGCAGGGUGUCCAGCGCCACGGAGGCGGCCGGCCAGCUGCCCCCGUCCUACGGAGACGUACCGCUGCUGGCCAAGAUUUUCGCGGCGAAAGGCCUCGACCUCAAGGACCUGGCUGUCCUGUCCGGAGCGCACACCCUCGGCACGGCGCACUGCCGGUCUUACGCCGGCCGGCUCUACAACUUCAGCAGCGCCUACACUGCGGACCCGUCUCUCGACAGCAGGUACGCCGACCGGCUCAGGACGCGCUGCAGGAGCGUCGACGACGACGAUGCCGUGCUUUCGGAGAUGGACCCCGGCAGCUUCAAGACCUUCGACACGAGCUACUACCGCCACGUCGCCAAGCGGAGGGGCCUCUUCCAGUCCGACGCCGCGCUCCUCGCCGACGCCACCACUAGGGAGUACGUCCAGCGCAUUGCGACCGGCAGGUUUGACGACGAGUUCUUCAACGACUUCAGCGAGUCCAUGGUCAAGAUGGGUAACGUCGGCGUGCUCACCGGUGCACAGGGGGAGAUCAGGAGGAAAUGCUACAUCGUCAACUAGCUAGUAUUAUCAGUUACAGGGGGAUGAUCUGACGCAUGCAUGUUUGUUAGUUGUUUAUCAUUAUUGUAAUGUAUUAAUUAUUACAUUGUUGUAACUUCAUUCUUCUAAAUAAGAUAUAGUGUCAAUGAUGACUGAUAAACGGAUC